UUUUUUGGUCAGUGCAGUGCUCUCUCUGUGCUGUGCUCCCUUCAUCCAGAACCCAGUGACGGGGCUGCUUUCAGCUGGSACAGAGCACAAGGAUGCCUGGGUUCGGGACAACAUCUACAGCAUCCUGGCCGUGUGGGGGCUGGGCAUGGCCUAUCGCAAAAACGCCGACCGGGACGAGGACAAAGCCAAAGCCUACGAGCUCGAGCAGAAUGUUGUGAAGCUGAUGCGGGGACUCUUGCAGUGCAUGAUGAGACAGGUAGAUAAAGUAGAGAAGUUCAAACGCACUCAGAGUACCAAAGAUUGYCUCCAUGCCAAGUACAACUCUGCAACUUGUGCCACGGUGGUUGGGGAYGACCAGUGGGGACAUCUGCAAGUGGAUGCAACUUCCCUUUACCUGCUCUUCUUGGCACAGAUGACUGCAUCAGGGCUACGUAUUAUCUUCACCCUCGAUGAAGUUACCUUUAUUCAGAAUCUUGUUUUCUACAUAGAAGCUGCCUAUAAAGUUGCUGAUUAUGGAAUUUGGGAACGUGGUGAUAAAACCAACCAAGGAAUUCCUGAGCUGAAYGCGAGCUCCGUGGGGAUGGCCAAAGCUGCUUUGGAAGCAAUUGAUGAACUUGAUCUUUUUGGAGCUCAUGGAGGACACAAAUCAGUGAUUCACGUUCUUCCUGAUGAAGUAGAGCACUGUCAGUCUAUUCUGUACUCCAUGUUGCCAAGGGCAUCCACGUCAAAGGAGAUAGAUGCUGGCCUUCUCUCUAUUAUUUCUUACCCAGCUUUUGCAGUGGAGGAUCUAAACCUUGUUAAUGUGACCAAGAGUGAAAUCAUAUCCAAAUUGCAGGGUCGCUACGGCUGCUGUCGCUUCCUCCGAGAUGGUUACAAGACACCCAGAGAGGAUCCAAGCAGGCUGCACUAUGAUCCUGCUGAGCUCAAGCUCUUUGAGAAUAUUGAAUGUGAAUGGCCUGUAUUCUGGACAUACUUCUUAAUUGAUGGAAUAUUUAAUGAGGACAAAAUCCAGGUACAAGAGUACAGAGAGGCUCUGGAAGGAAUACUUAUWAGAGAGAAGAAUGGAUUAGUGUUAAUGCCUGAGCUGUAUGCAGUCCCUCCAGAAAAGGUGGAGGAGGAGUAUGAAAAUCCUCACUCAGUAGAUCGAGUCCCAGUGGGGAAAUUGCCACAUCUUUGGGGCCAAUCAUUGUAUGUCCUGAGCUGCCUCUUAGCAGAGGGAUUUCUUGCUGCAGGUGAAAUUGAUCCCUUGAACAGGAGAUUUUCCACUGGAUUUAAACCUGAUGUUGUGGUACAAGUAACUGUUCUGGCAGAAUCCAAUCAAAUUAAGAAUCUCCUGCAAGAGCGUGGAAUCAAUGUUGAGAGCAUUGCUGAUAUCCAUCCCCUCAGAGUGCAGCCAGCUCGCAUCCUCAGCAACCUCUACACCAUGCUGGGCCGGAACAAGAACAUGAAGUUAAGUGGGCGACCACACCGCCACAUUGGAGUGCUGGGCACCUCCAAGCUCUAUGUGAUCAGAAAUCAAAUAUUUGCUUUUACCCCUCAGUUUACUGACCAACAUCACUUCUAUCUGGCUCUAGACAAUCAGAUGAUUGUGGAGAUGCUCAAGACAGAGCUGGCUUACCUCACUUCUUGUUGGAGGAUGACAGGGAGACCAACCUUGACAUUUCCCAUCACCCACACAAUGCUUGUUGAUGAUGGUACUGACAUUCAUCCAGCAGUUCUUGCCACAAUAAGAAAAUUAGAGGAUGGUUAUUUUGGAGGUGCAAGGGUGAAGAUAGGAAAGCUCUCAGAAUUCCUCACCACCUCUUUCCAUACAAAUCUGAGCUUCCUCGAUCCAGACUGUGACCUCAAACUGUUUGAUGACAGAAAUGAAGACUGUAACAGUCCUGACAGUGAAUAUGGAGACUACCCAGCAGAUUUCUGUGAAAAAGAUAGCCAGGAUGAGCUGGAUCAGUAUAUAAAUGAUGUCCUGCAAAGCACUGCACUGAAGUCAUAUCUGCCUCCAACUUCAAAGACAGCAAAUCAACCUCCUGUGUUCAGUGCAAACCAUUCCACWGAAGAGAUCCUGUCCAUGAUGGCCAAGACAAAGGGCUUGGAAGUCCCAGCCAUGUCUGUGUCUCUUCCCACCAAAGUUCUGAACACACACCGAAAGUCUCUGAAUCUUGUUGAUAAUCCUCAUUUCUUUGAGACAAAGGAGCGUGAAAAUACCUUGCCCUUACCUAAAGAUGCUCAUGGUGAUUUGGAUUGCAGGAAGCUGGUUGAGCAGCUGAAGGAAUGUCCAACACUCCAUGAUCAAGCAGAUAUUUUAUAUAUCUUGCAUAUAUUAAAAGGUGCUGAGUGGGACACAGAGCUGGAUGGACACUGUGGGGUCACUGUUCACUGCCUCCUCAAUGAGCUCUACAGAAAAGCAGGUCUUCAUCAAGAAUGGGGCUUAAUCCGUUACAUUUCGGGCAUACUCAAAAAGAAAGUUGAAGUCCUGGCUGAGGCAUGCACAGAUCUUCUGUCACACCACAAACAACUUACAGUGGGCUUACCACCAGAACCCCGGGAGAAAAUCAUCACCACCCCUCUGCCCCCUGAGGAGCUCACAGAUCUCAUUUACGAAGCCAGUGGCCAAGACAUCAGCAUUGCAGUGCUGACACAGGAGAUAAUCAUGUACCUGGCCAUGUACGUCAGGUCCCAGCCCAGUCUCUUUGUGGAGAUGCUGCGGCUGCGCAUCGGGCUCAUCAUCCAGGUGAUGGCCACCGAGCUGGCACGGAGCCUCAAAUGCUCAGGUGAAGAAGCUUCAGAGAGUUUGAUGAAUUUAAGCCCYUUUGAUAUGAAAAGUCUCCUACAUCAUAUUCUCAGUGGGAAAGAGUUUGGAGUGGAAAGAAGCUUGCGACCUGUAGAUUCUUCUUCAUCCAGCCCUGCCAUUUCUAUUCGUGAGAUGGGGCAUUCUGGAGCAACCAAAACAGAAAGAAGUGGCAUCACUAAACUGAAGAGUGAGAUGAAGCAGAGGAGCAGCACUCCAUCAUCUCCCAGCAGCACUUGUCCCUCUGGCUCCAGUGGGGACAUGAGCUGGGGGGACAGGAAGGGRCAGUGGCUGCGCAGACGGAGGCUGGAUGGAGCCAUCAACAGAGUUCCUGUGGGCUUUUAUGAGAAAGUGUGGAAAAUCCUUCAGAAGUGCCAUGGUCUGUCCAUUGAUGGGUAUGUCCUUCCUUCUUCAACCAYCAGAGAGAUGACCCCGUGUGAGAUCAAGUUUGCRGUGCACGUGGAGUCGGUGCUGAACCACGUCCCCCAGCCCGAGUACAGACAAAUCCUGGUGGAAGCAAUUCUGGUGCUCACAUUCCUGUCUGACCUCGAGGUGAACAGCAUCGGGGGCAUCAUCCACGUGGACAGAAUUGUGCACAUGGCCAAUGAGCUGUUCCUGCAGGAGCUGAAAUCAUUUGGAGCCACUGGCAGUAUCCUGGAGAAAGAYGUGGCCACAGGAAUUUGUCACUUCUUUUAUGACAGUGCUCCCAGCGGAGCCUAUGGCACCAUGACUUACCUAACAAAAGCCAUCAUUAUUUAUUUGCACGAUUUCCUGCCCAGCACAGGCUGUGCCAUGCAGUAAGGGAUGUGUCACAUGGGAGAGAGGGCUCAGGAACUCUUCAUUCCCAAUUCCCUGCCGUGAACCCUGGGCUGGAGCUGCCUCUGUGUGUUCAUGCAUUUGGGGAUGCUCUGUGCCCUUCCUGCUGGGACAGGCAGCUGCAAUUCUGCUUCUAGGAGAGGGUGCAAGAAAUAACAAAUCAUGAGGCUUCUUCUGCCCAAAGUGCAUCAACAUAAUUUGUGUUAAAUUAGCAAGAAUUACACAUUUCUGCCAAGGGGAAAACACAUUACUCUGUGGAGAUCAAAAGGCAUAAUAAAACCAGGGAGCUGCAUCUCAGGCAUAGAGUCCCCCAAACAAGGGAAGUGAUGGAAUUCAUUAAUUUUCUCCUGCUGUGUGUAAAUGUACAUCAUUGUGAAUCACUAAUGCACACUAUGAAACAUCCGGGCAAAUGUAAAUUAGAGGUGUAAGAAUAAUUUGAAAURACCUGAUGGUAUUUCUAAUACACUUUAAUCCUGCUUCUCUUCUCAUUUGCACCUCGUCAGUGCAGGGCUAACACCAGGAGGGACAAACAUCCCACAAUCUCCACUCAUUUGAGAGGAUAGCCUCUGUCAGGAAGCUGCAUCUGUCUUUAAUCUGAGCAAAAUAGCUUCCUUCCCUGCAUCCCCAAGGCUUUGGAGGCAAAAUCACAAGACUGCAGCUUCUCCMAGGUGACAGACAGUUUUAUGCCUGUAAUCCUUUCCUCUGAAUGGAGCAAGAUAAACCUCAUCCACUCAAGCACCCUUUCCAAGUCUCCUGAUCAUUUCCCUUGCAAACAGCCUCAAACUUCAGAAUGGCAUCAUUGUGGCCCUUCCAGUGCAGCAUAAGUUUAUGGAAGGCUUUGAUGUUUCUCUUUAUUUUUUUUUUUCCUUUUCCAUUUUUUCCUUUUCUUUUGUUUCUUUUCAGUUUGAAGUUGCACUGGUCACAUGUAGUAUGGGCUGGGCUGCCUGGAAGGUUCCCUGCAGACARUUCCAGGUUGAUGCUGGCACUUGAAUGUGUCCCCAGAACUCUGAGGUGAUGCAGGGAGGAUGGGUAUGUCCUGUAGAGAAAUGACUCCAUGGUUAUUCAAUCUGAAAACAGCAGUGGAGAGCCUCUGGAGAGGGAAACCCUGCCUUAACCCAGGCUUUGGCUGUGGUUUUUCUUGUGCUGUGGUUUUUCUGGUCAGCAUCUGGACAGCUUAGGACAGUGGCAGCCACAAACAGGCUCCCUCAGCAGCACUGCAGAAGGAUCACAGCAAUUCUGUCUUCCCAGGUAGAAAGGAAAAGAGCAGAAAUAUCCUGUAAAAAGUGAGUAUUUUCUGAGCUGAUAAGCCUGAUAAGCUUAUAAGAUAUUUCUGUGAGCUUCCCCUCCACUCUUUCAAAACAUACCUGUGCCAUUUAUAUAAGAUUUGAAUAUUUUUUUGUAACAAUAGUAUGUGGUGUUUUUGAAAAUGAGGUUUUUGUUUCCAGUAGAAGUAAUCCCAUCUCAUUGCCAGUUUACCAGCACUCCCAGGGACUCUGAGCUCCCCUGUCCCUGCUGUCCCCACACAGUCAGUGCUGCUGCAGCAAAAUCUGGGAAUUGGCUCCAGACAGGGAAGGUGUUGGGAGGCCUCAGUGUGAGGUGAUUCCAUGUUUUUUCAGAGCCCAGAGGAGUUUGUCAGUCCUGAGAAGCAGAGCCCUGUGUUAACCACAUGGGAACCCUGGGCCUGUGCAGGGGUCAGGAUAAAGUGGCAGCUCAGGUACAAUUAGCACUUGGGUGUGGAAGUCRUUUUAUUGCUGUGGGGGUUUGCCUUUGUUAUUGUUUGGUUUGGUUUUUUUUUUACUUUUCAUAUGUAUUGUGAGAACUGGCUUGGCUUGUUUCCCAGUAAAKGAAGUCAAAUCCUUUGUCUGGCUUAAGCAGGCGUGACAGUGCAGAGCUGAGCACACGAGGGCUGGUGUGAUGGUUUGUUAUUCUACCCAGUAUCAUACAAAAAGUAGURCCAGUUAUUUUUAAUUUUCUUCUUGAAUCCUGGAUUGUGAGAGAUGCAAGAUGAUUUUUGUUCAGAUUUCUAAUUUUAUUUUUUUUUACCUCCUGUGUGAUCUUGUUUUCCGUAACAAGAAGGCUGAUGUUGGUUUUAUGAAUUGUAUGGCUUAACAUACCUGGAAACCUCUUAAAACUUUUUUUAAUGGGUGUAUAAUUGGUGUCUUUAAUAUCAGAUUCACAGUAUGACACGGGUUAUGGUAUAUCAUGAUGAUCAUAAAGAAUUGCCACGUGGAAUGCAGGCAAUUGGAAAGUGUUUAUGUGGUAAUUUGAAGAGUUUGGGUAGCUGGUGGUGAAGGGGGGACUCUGAAACACAAGGCCAGUGCAAGAGAAACUCGUGUUAGCUGCAGCUCAGGCACAGCUGCACUUUGCUGCUGUGUUACUGCUCAGAGUAAAGAACCACUGCAAUUGGAGAUUUGCUUUGUAGUGCAAACCCAAURAUGCAAAUCAGGUUUUACACAGACCCCCUGCUUUUCUGAGAAUCCUCUGUGUGUGUGAGGCUGCUGCAAWCAGAGCUGGCACUGGCAGUGCCCAGGGUGUUCUCCCCGAGGGAAUUCAGGAGAACUUUGCAGUUUGUGCAGAGCUGAGCUCAUUUGCUCUGCUUGGCUGUGCAGCUCCCUGGGGAGGCAGCAGAGGAUGGCACUGCCAGCYCCCAGUCCCAGGAAACUCAUUUAUGGAAACAAGGCAAAGGUGAACACGUUCUGUGCCUCCAAAACAAGGGCAUUAGUGAAUUAAAAUAAAAAAUAACCCCAGCUGAGAGCUGCCUGUGCAGCCUGACGGACACUGCUGAGGGUUUGCAGUUUGCAGAUGAGGGUCAGGAGCUCCUACAGUGCUGGAAACAGCCUGGAGGCAGCAUGGGACUGGGGAGAUGGCAGGAUGGGAUUUGUGUUAGGCUCAGCUCACACAACACAACAUGCUGGUCCCAGCCCAGCACGGGGCAGGAUGGGAUCUGUGUUAGGCUCAGCUCACACAACACAACAUGCUGGUCCCAGCCCAGCACGGGGCAGGAUGGGAUCUGUGUUAGGCUCAGCUCACACAACACAACAUGCUGGUCCCAGCCCAGCACGGGGCAGGAUGGGAUCUGUGUUAGGCUCAGCUCACACAACACAACAUGCUGGUCCCAGCCCAGCACUGGGCAGGAUGGGAUCUGUGUCAGGCUCAGCUCACAGAACCUGCUGGUCCCAGCCCAGCUCCCCCAGUGCCCCCCUGCUCAUGGCUGUUGCUUCUCCCUGCUUGCUGAUGGGGCUUUGUCAAACCAGACACAUCAGAACUUCAGCUGCUGGUCCCACAGGUAGCUGUGAGAGCUGAAUGGGUGCAGUGCAAGGUUUGUCUGUCUCUGUGGUCUCCUUUCUCAGGGACAGAGCCCUGCCUGUUUCCUGGAAGGUGUGGGUGAGCUACACAGCCCAUAGCUGCUCUGCAAAGGGGCAGCCACUUCUUGUGGGGUSAUAAAAGACCUUGGGGACAUCCCCUGUGGGGACACAGGACUGUGGGGACACAGGACACUGUGUGACUCUGUCACCCCUCUGCCAGGGCCUUGAGUGGAGCAGGAGCUGGAGUUCCAGGUCCAGCCUGGGGCACUUUGCUCAGUGAUCUGCAGGGAGGAGCAGAGCUGCCCAGAAAGCAGGAGGGAGAUGCCACCACUGGUGUUUGUGGAGCUGUAGGGUGAGAGUUUGGGUGCUCAUCUGCAGACUGACUCAGGCACUGCUCAAAGAAACCCUCACGUCUGGAAUUCUGAGCAGCCACUGCAUGGAAUCACGACUCAAAAAAAGGGACUGGGUUUGGGGUUAUAGGAAGAGCUCUGACAGCUCUCUGGGUUUGGUAGAAGCAGCAGGGCUUUUUCCCACUCUCAGUUUCAGUCUCAAGUGGGAUUUAUUCCUGGCAUUGGAUGUUUCACAGUUACUCCCCCUGCCACCCCCUCCUGUCAGGGCUAAGAGGGCUCCUUGUGCCACCAGUACUGACAGGACAGCUCUUUCUGUUUUGGCUUUAUGAUUCAGCUUCUCUCAUCCUCAGUGCUGCAUCCCCAAAGGCUCUCACUGCCCACCCCAUGAACUGUGCUGCAGCUCUCCCUUGGCACCCCCUGUCAGGAGGUGACCCCUC